AUGGUGGAGAAGCCGCAACUCCACCGGCUCUCUCGCACUCUUAGAAACAUUGACAAAUUGGGCCGGGCGAUGGAGCGCGCCAGAAGCAGCGGAGAAGCCAUGGCGCGUCGGUUGCUUGCGGUCGUGAACUGUGCCAUCCUUGUCGAUAGCCAGGGGGUGGGUGGGCUUCACAGCGAGAGGGAGCGUCAGCGGAGAGGGGGACCCCAUCUCCCCAUGGGAUCAGUCAUGGUACCGGCGGGGUGCUUGUCACCGCUGGAGCGCAGAAAGCUGGGGUUGGGGCAUCGGCGCCAAACCGGAUCAGCUGGGCAUCCCUCAGUCGCCCAUCAACUCCUGCAUCGGGACAAUUGCUGGGGCAGUCGAGGCGAUGGAGUUGCACCGUUGUGCAUGUCGAGCCCAUGUCAAGCCCAUCGAGCCCAUGUAGCCCAUGUCGACCAUGACGGACCCCCUGUCGCUUCGGCUUGCCGUUGGUCUCCUGUUUCUGGGCAGAUGGAACCCGCAACGCAGAUGGCCGCGACCAUUCCGAUCCGCCGUGCUAUAAGACGCCUGUUAUUCCUUUGGAGUGGUGCAUGUGCCUGCUGGGAUGCGUCUGGGGACGGAAGCACGAAGCGAAGCUCCAUGUUUGUUGGAGCAUGGAGCAUUGCCGAGUGCCUCGGGGGUUGGGGUGGCAGGGUGGUCGACAACUAUCCCAAAAAAGGCCUGCUCGAGGGCGAUCUUUGGAGGAGAUGGGUUGAGGUUUCAGUCCCACAUUCUUCCAUUGUCUGA